AUGGGAGGAAAAAGUACUGGUAAAUCUAAGGGUUCGAGGAAGCGCUCUGAACGUGUCGUCGUCGUGGUGAAAGGAGGUGUUGCCGUUGAUCAUGAACUGGAACAGCCUUUCCGUGAUACUGUGCAUGUUUUAACUGAACUUGACACAGUCUGGGACGUUAUGUUGAAUCAGACCAACAUUUCUAUGAACAACAACAAAUACUACCUCAUACAGCUACUAAAAAGUGACACGGACAACAAAUACUGGACAUGGAUGCGAUGGGGGCGUGUCGGUUAUCGGGGUCAGUCAUCACUGGUAUGCUACGAUAGCCGAUUGGAGGACGCCAAGAGAGGGUUUUGUGCCAAAUUCCUUGCAAAGACAAGGAAUGAAUGGAGUGAACGUUCUUCGUUUGUUGCGUAUCCGGGAAAAUACGCAAUUGUUGUCACGAAGACUGGUGCGCCCGUGAAAAAUGAAGACGAGAAUGAAGAAAGGGAUUGUAAACCUCUCCAGCCUUCGAAAUUGGAUUCCCGUGUCCAACUCCUAAUGGGCCUUAUAACGAAUAUGCAAAAGAUGGAAGAGGAUGUCAUUGAACUUGAAUACGACUUGUCGAGAGCUCCUCUAGGUAAUCUUACUACGGAGCAGAUCACAGAGGGUUACACAUGUCUGAGAGAGAUAGAGGAAGCAAUAAACACAAAUAAAUUCGGAAGUCGUUUUUACGAAAGUGUCAACAAGUACUACACCACCAUUCCUCACGAUUUUGGAUUUCGUCCACCACCUUUGAUUAAAACACGUGAAGAUUUAAAAAAGGAAUUACUGUUGCUCGAAACACUCAAGGAUAUUCAAACGUCUUGCAAAAUUCUUGCGCCACGCUCGUGA